AUGGUUCUCCGCACUAUCACCACCCGCCGCACCGCGCCCGUCCUCUCCCGCUCCCGUCUCCAGCUUGUGAGCCACAUCCCCCGCCGCUUCGCCGCAACGAAAGAAUCCUCCCCCGGCCACAGCAGCAACGCCAAGAACCCCCUCUCCAGCGGCGGCGCAUCGCAAAGCAUAAACCUCUCUCGCGGGAAAGAAGCCCGGUCGUCUGAUAUGGCCGAUACACGGAGCGUGCAGUCUCCCAUCUCGAGUUCGGAUGGUCCGACUUCUGAGGCGCAUGCGGGCGAGGAGCAGACAGAGGCGGAUAGCUUGAUCAAGAAUGAUCCGGCCAAGUCCGGGGCGGAGAAGAGGGCGAAUGUUGAGAGGGCGGGGAGGAGGAAGUUGGGGCCUGAGGAUGAUCAGUGA